GGAAGCGGUCCCUCAGGUGUGCGCGGCGAGCGCGGGGCGAGGGCGCGCGGACACGUGGCCUGCGGCGUGCACGUUGCGGACGAGCGUGCGGCGCGCACGUGCCCACGAGCGUGCUUGCGGAGCGGCGCGAUGCUCCUUCAAUCCUGCCGCGAGUCGCACCGGGAGCGGUCGUGUCCACGGUUCCCAGGCGCAGCCACGAUUGAGUGCGUACGGGCGGACAGGAGCGGCGCGUGCUCGCGAUGCUGGCCCGCGCGCCGCCUGGACCGGCACGGCUACAUCGACAUGGGCACGGACUCGGGCGCGCUGCUGCCGCCCGCCGACGCCGGCUGGUGCCCGCCGCCGCCCGCCGCCGACCGCGGGUGCUUCCUGCAGCCGCCGCCGCCGGCCUCCACGCUCACGCCGCUCACGGCGCCGCCGCACCGCCGCUCCGCGCCGCAGAUGCUGCUGCCAGGCAAGUCCGUCAACAGUAAGGAUGCGCUCGAAGACAAGAAGGAAGACAACGAGCUCUGGGAGGCGCAAGCUGCCUUCCUGGGCCCCAACCUAUGGGACAAGACGUUGCCCUACGACCCCGAUCUCAAGGUACACGAAUACGUGGACCUAGACGAGUUCCUGUCGGAGAAUGGCAUGCCGGGCGAGGGGCUGGGCGGCGCGCACCUGGGCGGCGGCGGCUUCGGCGCGGGCGCGGGGCUGGCGCUGGGGCUGCCGGCGCCCGUCACCAAGCGCGAGCGCUCGCCCUCGCCCUCCGACUGCAUGAGCCCCGACACCAUCAACCCGCCGCUGUCGCCUGCCGACUCCACAUUCUCCAUGGCAUCGUCAGGCCGCGACUUCGACCCCCGGACGCGCGCCUUCUCCGACGAGGAGCUGAAGCCGCAGCCCAUGAUCAAGAAGUCCCGGAAACAGUUCGUGCCCGACGACCUGAAGGAUGACAAGUACUGGGCGCGCCGGCGGAAGAACAACAUGGCCGCCAAGCGCUCCCGCGACGCGCGCCGCAUGAAGGAGAACCAGAUCGCGCUGCGGGCUGGCUAUCUCGAGAAGGAGGUCAGUAAUGGUCAUCUUUUCACACGGCUUCCAAGUAUUAACUACCCACAUGUGUGAGUCGGACUCGCGUACGUAGGGUAUCUAUACAACAUUAGACAAAUCGAGUAAUAGUAAUAGGCCCGCGUUUUUACUCUUUGG